AUGACAGUCAUCACUUAUUCAAGCGCUGCAGGAAGGUUUCCGAAAGAAAUCCAGGUUCGAGAACAUCUCCCUGCUUCUGGGAAUGCUCUAGAACCCCUGUCUGGGAUUCUGGAACCUCAGACUAUGCUCCUUUCCUCACUAGGAUCCGGGGAGGUCAUAGGCCAAAAAUGGAUGGAACUGAGGAAAGAAGAGAGAGGCGUAAAGGAGAGAAAAAGGAGACCAGCAUGGAGCAGACGAGUCAACAGAGAGAAGAUGAAUAGAAACAGAUGUGAGGAGCAGCGUGACUUAAGGAAUAAAUGCCAAAAGGAAAACCAAAUAUUUUUGACAAAAUGUGUGAAAGGCGAUAACAAGAACAGCAUGAAUAUCUCUGGGAAUCUGUUACAAGGUGAAGUCAAGCACAGGGAGAAAAUGCUGGAGGAAAGGCAGACGUGGCCUGCUUGUGUUCCAGUUCACUUGAAAAGCAUUCCCAAAGGAGACCUAAAGAGAGGGAAAAACAUUAUGACAAGGAUGAAGCCACAUCGCAUCUUCCUCUGGAUAACUCUCCUCCUCUACAGCAUGUGUGCGACACCUGCAUCAUCACAGGGAAAUUUCCCACAAAUGGAGAACAUUGCUGCCUUCAAACCCGUGUCCACAUCUCCGGCUUGUUCCACCUGUGGGGUUCCAGAGCGGAGCAGCUACUGUCAGUCACCGUCAUCCCACACUGAACUGAUGAACUGUUAUCAAGCCUUCUGUGUCCAGGACUGCCCCUAUAGAUCCUCCACACCUCCCUAUGCUCCACUGCUGCUUCCUGCACACAGGGGUACCUGUGUAGUCGAAGACAGUCAUGACCCACGUCCUGGGGUUGAGAUCGGAACCACUACUAGGUCUGAAGGGGUUUCUGGCAGGUCCAGUAGCGUGCUGUUUCAACAAAUCCGAGGUGGAUGUCUGGUCUCUCCUCCAUCACAGAGACUUGGAGCAUUAGGUUCCCUUACCUUGGCUUUGUGGAUAAAACCAAGUUCUCCUGGAGAAAUGAUGUUGCUGGAAAAGAGUUCAAGGGAGCAGUUGAUUUUUUCUGUGACACUGUCGGGUCAGGCUGUCGUCCUGCGAUAUGGUCAGGCCAGCAGUCAGACUCCUCUGGCAGUCAGCUUCAGGACAGAGGGGAGGCUCACACUGGAGAGGUGGACUCACCUUGUUCUACAGGUCCAUGACAGACGUGUGAGUCUAUUCCUGGAUGGGCUUGAAGAAGAUGGGACACCAUUUGACACACAACCUCUGACCUCCAGGCUCUCUGAUAUCAGUGAAGAUGGCGCCAUGUGGGUUGGACUCAGCUCUAAUGGGUCUAAUCAGUUCACUGGAAGGAUGCAGGACUUUAGAUUUUAUCCUGCUACGCUGACCAACAGGGAAAUAGUGGAGGUGUAUUCAGGGGUCUUACCCAAGCUUCAUGCCCAGUCUGAGUGUCGCUGUCCUCCCAGUCACCCCAGAGUGCAUCCUUUGGUUGAAAGAUACUGCAUUCCCAGUGGUGUUGAAGACACCACCAACGACAGAGUCUUAAGACUCAACGUUAAUGCCCAUCCACUCAGUUAUAUCAAUGAUCAGGACAUGGGCACAGCGUGGUUCUCUAAGAUCAUGACUACACAGGAGAUGGAUAAAGGACUUACCAUCACCGUGGACUUGGUUAAUGGACAGUACCAGGUGUUUUAUCUUAUAAUUCAGUUUGGCGGCCUCUUGCCUGAGUCUGUGCAUAUCCAAAAAAAGAAAUUUGACUUUACAAACACAGAGAAUGGAACCAGGACAGAACAACCUUGGAUGGACUGGCAGUAUAUGGCCAGUAAUUGCAGCAUCUUUGAAAUGCAGAACAAUGGCCGUUUAUUGAAACCGGACUCAGUCAACUGUCUGCAGCUGCCCAGAGACAUGCCUUACUCAGGGGGUAACAUCACAUUCAGCCUGCUGACCCCAGAGCCAAACUUGAGGCCAGGCUAUAAUGACUUUUACAACACACCUGACCUGCAGAAGAUGGUGCAUGCCACCAAGGUCAGGAUACACCUGAGAGGACAAUACCACACCAGAGCAUCCAGGGUGAACCAGCGACACAGAUACUACACCAUCAAUGAGAUCACCAUUAGUGGCAGAUGUGAGUGUCAUGGCCAUGCAGACCACUGUGAUACAAGUGUGACACCUUACCGCUGUGCCUGUCUGCCUGAGAGCCACACAGAGGGAAACAAUUGCCAACGGUGUGCUCCCCUCUACAAUGACAAGCCGUUCAGAUCAGGUGAUCAGCUCCAGCCAAUGAACUGCAGGGCUUGCCAGUGUCAUGGUCAUGCCUUCUCCUGCCAUUAUGACCCUCAAGCUGAUGAUCAACCUAAUGAGCACUAUCGAGGAGGAGGAGGUGUCUGUGACAACUGCAUGCACAACACCACAGGUAAGAACUGUGAGCUGUGUCUAAGUGGGUUUUUCAGGCUGGAGGGAUCUGAUCCCACUUCAGUUGGUGUCUGCCGGCUUUGUGACUGUCACACCUCUGGAACAGUGAACAGUACCAUGGAGUGUAACCAGGUAGGAGGUCAGUGUCAGUGUAAGGCAGCAGUAACAGGCCGUCGUUGUGUCGAGUGUUUGCCUGGUUGGUUUGGUCUUAAAGCCUCGAAUCCAAAUGGCUGUGAACCCUGUAACUGCAGUGACACUGGUACCAUCAGCACCCUAACAGGAGGAAAUCCCAUCUGUAACCAGGAUACAGCACAAUGCCAGUGUAAACCUCAUGUCACAGGUUUAUCUUGCGACCGUUGUGAGUUUGGUUAUUGGAACCUGUCUCAACCAAACGGUUGUGUCCCAUGUGACUGCGACCCCCUGGGCUCCCUCAGCUUGUUCUGUGAGCCUGAUGGGGGGCAGUGUGAGUGUAAGCCUGGGGUGGGGGGUCGGCGCUGUGACUCUUGUGGCCGGGGCUCCUAUGGUUUAAGACUGGAGGGAUCCUGUGCCCUCUGCAACUGCUCACAGGCAGGGACAGUGCCCGGGGAAGACUGUGAUCCUCACACAGGACAGUGUGUUUGUAAGGAACAUGUGUCAGGCCAUUAUUGUGACUCUUGUCGUCAUGGUUACCACACUCUGGAGCAGCGCAACUCCCUGGGCUGUCUGCCGUGUGCGUGUGACACUAGUGGCACUGUGCCAGAGGGAGUGUGUGAUAUGAGGACUGGACAGUGCCCCUGCAGAGAGGGGGUGGUGGGAGCAAGGUGCACCAACUGUGCCCCUAACUACUACAACAACAGUUUACAGCUCCAGCAGGGGCUGUACGAGGGCUGUGUGCCGUGUAGCUGUGACCCAAGAGGGACAGUGGCCGGGUCAGUUUGUGACAGCAACACGGGGCAGUGUGUUUGUCUCCCUACACGCUCUGGACAGGACUGCAGUGGCUGCCGACCAGACUUUUACCUCUCUCCAGAUCAGAGCACGUGUGUGGAGUGUGACUGCCAUCCCAUGGGGGCUUCACAGCGUGGCUGUGAGGUUCAGACGGGACAGUGUGCGUGUGCCCAUCCCUCUGUGGGGGGACGUCGCUGUAAUCAGUGUAGGGAGAUGUUCUUUGGAUUCAACCCUGGUCUGGGCAGGUGCCAGCCUUGUGCUUGUGACACAUCAGGGAGUGUGAAUGGAACAUGUCAUCCAGAUUCUGGGUUGUGUGUAUGUAAGCUGCUGGUAGCUGGAGACAAGUGUGAUCAAUGUCAGUCUGGAGCAAGCCAUUUUGACCAGGAGAACCCCUUUGGCUGCAGUAAAGCACCCUCUCAGCAGCCUGCACCAGUUGGCUUUUCUCACAGUUUUUUAUCAGUUCACCUCUUCUGGCAUCCACCUGACUCUCCAAACUCAAACAGACUCAACUACACUCUCAUGAGGAAUGGACAGGCAGUGCAUAGCAUACAAAGUCACUAUCCUUUUAGUCCUGAAUCAUUUGAAGACACUGGUUUGCUUCCUUACACCAAAUACUCCUACUGGAUUAUAACAGCUAAUGUGGCUGGGUCAACAAUAAGUCCAAUAGCCUCUUACCAAACUUUAGGAGCACCACCUAAAGCAGAGCAGCUACAUUUAAACCUUGUGGGGAGAGCUGGUCCUACCACUGCAAGCUUUAACUGGAGUGCACCACAAAAUGACACAGGCCCAGUGGAAAGGUAUGUAUUAUCCACUACAGAGUCAUCUAGAGGUGCAGAACCCGUCAUUCACUAUACAGGCUUAUCUACAGAGGCUGUGGCAAGUGGCUUAAAGCCCUUCACCCAGUACACUGUCACACUGGAGGCUUGCUCCUCUGGGGGAUGCACUUCCACCCCAUCACUGCCUCUUUUGACAGCCUCUGCCCCUCCACAAAACCAGCCCCCACCUACGGUUAUUGCUACAGGACCUCAUACAUUAGAUGCAUCCUGGGAGCCCCCCAGUCAGCCUAAUGGUGUUAUCACAAGGUAUGAGCUGUUUAUUCGUGGUCCCGUGGAGCCACACAACCUUUUGAGUCUUGCUGAUGAGACCAAAGUUUUUACGAGCUCUGGUUGGCUGGAUCAAAGUGUUUCUUUAGAAGCACAGCUUACCAAUAAGAGUACAGUCCCUCCGCCCGAGAACAAAACCACUGUAACCGGUCUGCAGGCUUUCUCUACCUAUCAGAUGAGAGUUGUGAGCAUCAAUGUGGCAGGAAGAGUGUCAUCAGGGUGGACCACAGCACGCACCAUGGAGGGAGAACCAGAGUUUAUUGCUCCUCCAGAAGUUUCUGCACUGUCACCCAGCACUCUGAAAGUUACAUGGAGCUCUGUUGAAGGUCGUGGGAUCAUUCCUCGAGGACAGGUCACAGAAUAUCGAGUCAAUGUGAUCACCAAACAGAGGAACAAUCCCUACGCCCCUCCAUUUGUCAGUCAGGUCCUACACAGAGCAGGACCAUCCUCACAACCUGUUUACAUGGUGAAUGGACUAAAGCCAUACCAAGUGUACAACUUCACCAUUACACUCUGCACAAAGAGAGGUUGUAUUACCAGUCUGCCAAACUCAGGAAGGACCCUACCAGCAGCUCCAAGAGGACUGUCUCCACCUCAGUUAUGGCCAGAAAAUGAAACCACAAUUCAGAUAGACUGGGAUCCGCCAGCCCAACUCAAUGGACCACAGCCACUCUAUCAGGUGGAGAGGACAGAUGUCUCUCUCUCUGACCCAGGAGCUCCUGUUGUUAGAGGAACCAGAUUUACUGGAAACAGUUACUUCCAGUUUCCAAAUGACACACUUCCUGUCAACACCGACUUUACAGGUGUUGAACUGAGUUUCAGGACUCGGUCCCCGGAUGGCCUGCUGCUCUCUGCCUUCUCUCCAGGAAACCAGGAAGAGUUUUUGGCUAUUCAGAUUAAAGAUGGAUGCCCUUACUUUUUGUUUGACCCACAGGGCUCAGCGGUGGCUGUGAGCGUACAGGGUGAUGGAGGGCGCCGCUACAACGAUGGACAGUGGCACAGCAUCACAGCAACGAGGCGAGGGGCCGUGGGAACAAUCGUUGUUAACGAUCAAUACAGAGGAAGUGCAUCAGCUUCUAGUGGCAGGACCAUUAUUGGUGAGAACACAGGGCUGUUCAUUGGAGGGCUGCCGGAAGAUUUUAAUUUGCUAAGAGAGGAUACGGGUGAUGCCCAGCUGGUUCGGCGGGAUUUCUCUGGUUGUCUUAGAGAUGUGAGAUUUAAGAUGAGUGACAGUCCCUCAGAGAAGUGGAAAUCUCUGGACUGGAAAAAAGCCACAAAGAAGGUGGCAGCAUAUGAAAGCUGGGAGGGAUGUCCUGUUCAGACUGUGGAUGGAGCCCAUUUCCUGGGUCAUGGUCACCUGGAGAUUCACAGAGAUGUUUUCACUGGAGGAAAGGACUUCGAAAUUUCUUUUGAUUUCAGAACAGACCAGCUCAGUGCACUCCUUCUCUUCAUACACAACACACAAACUGAAGACUACAUGCUGGUAGAACUGGAGGGCGGUCUCCUAUCCUUCAUUCUUGCUUCUGAGGGUCAUGUGACUGAACUCAGCAUGUGGGUGGGACUCAGUUACUGUGAUGGAGACUGGAAACAGCUUUUGUUGGCAAAACGUGGUUCGCUGAUCUCUGCAGCAGUCAACGACUGGGCUGAGGAGACAAGGGGAAGGGGUGGGGCAGUGAGGCUGAGAGUUGAUUCGCCAUUAUACUUGGGUGGUGUACCCUCAGAGCUCAAACAUCCUGCCCUGGACAGUAGAAGUCACAAACAUGGUCUGGGAGGUUGCAUAAGGAGCCUCACCAUCCGAAGUGAUGAAACAAACCCUUCUUUUGUUCAACAUGUUAAUCUCUUUGUUGCCUCCCGUCGCUCUGUGAGGGUCUACUUGGACGGCUGUCCCACCAGUGAGAGUCGGUACAAGUGCAGAGGAAAUGAUUCAGUGUUGGUGUACAGUGGGAGGAAGACCCAGGCCACAGAUUAUGGUCUACAGCCUUUCACUGAGUACCUGUAUAGGUUUGUGGCCUUGGCUGCAGGAGGGUGGGCAGCUGGACCUUGGCAGAGAGGACGCAGCCAUGGCAAAGUGCCAGGGCCCAUGCCACCUCCAUCCACAGUGAAGAGCUUGAAUGGCUUCACCGCCCAGGUGAGCUGGGUGCCUCCCACAGGUGACAUCAGAGGCUUGAUUGACAGAUAUGAGUUAAAGGCCUACAAGAGAGACCACCCAGAAGUACCUCCCAUCAAAGCUACAUAUCUGGCCAAUGGCAACUUCACAGGUGUGCUGCCAGGUCUCACCCCAUCCACUCAAUAUGUUAUCACCAUUAGUGCCUGUAGUCCUGUUGGCUGCAAUGAGAAUCUUUUUAAUGACCGUGGGGAUGGCGGCAAUUUGAGGUCCAGCCUCACAACCCCAGAGGAAGCUCCAGAUGCUGUCUCUCCUCCAACUGCAGUCUCAUCCCCCUCUGCUCUUUAUGUGACCUGGGAACCACCAGCAAGGCCCAAUGGAGACAUUACAGAGUACCUCCUCUAUCAUGACAACCAAAUGGUCUACAGGGGAAAAGACAGACAACACAACAUCACUGGUCUUGGUGUGUAUUCUGCCCAUGUGUUUGAGCUGAGUGCAUGCACUUUAGUGGGCUGCACCAACAGUUCACAAGUUACUCUGCUGACCUCACAGCUACCUCCUGGGCCUCUACAAGCACCAACCCUCACCCUGCUCGACUCACGGACUAUUCUAGUGGCGUGGUCCCGUCCCUCUGAGGUCAAUGGUGUUUUGGAGUUUUAUUCCAUCUACCUAUUCCAGGACGGUGCAGAGCCCAUACUGGCCUAUAACAGCUCUGAACUUUUUGAGGACCACACACUCCGCAACCUUACACCUGGGACAGCUUAUACUGUCACGCUCGCUGCUUGUACAGGAGGUGGUUGUACCUUAAGCCCUCCCAGCCAUGCUAAGACUGAGGAGAGCACCCCAGAAGAUGUUCCUGCUCCACUGGUCCUGCAUUUGUCUCCACAUAGUCUCAACGUCAGCUGGACCCCUCCGGAUACUCCAAAUGGCAUCAUAACCAGCUAUGGUCUCUGGCUGGAUGGGGUUCUCAUUUUAAACUCCAGUUCCUCUCAGAGGGUCUUCGUCGUGGAUGGACUCUCACCGUGGAGCCGACAUGUGCUCAGGCUGCAGGCCUGUACAGCACAGGGCUGUGGGAAGGGACCGAUGGUGGAGCUGCGUACAUUAGAGAUGGCCCCAGAAGGCCCCAUACUGUUGGAACUAACCAAUCAGAGCUCUAGAUCACUGCGGGCUCGCUGGACAGCCCCGCCUAGACCAAAUGGGAACCUUAAUUACACACUGUACUACAAAAGUAAAGAUGGCGAUGGUGUGUUGGAUGGAGGUAUAGCUGCAGGAAGCUGGUUGUCUGUGACCGACCUACAGCCCUACACCAACUACAGUUUCUGGAUCAGAGGUUGUAACACACAGGGAUGUGUUGAGAGCUUGCCACACAGCAUUACCACGCCUCCAGCAGCCCCGGAUGGGUUGUCUACUCCAAGGUUGGCUCACGCAGCUCGUACCAGUCUGAAUAUAUCCUGGUCCGCCCCCACCCACUCAAAUGCACCAGGCCCGCUCCGUUACAGCUUGCAAAUGAGGACAUCCUCAAACAGGCCUGUGAUGAGGAUCCUGGAAAACGCAACAGACACCUUUUCCCAUCAUGUAGAAGGCCUGUCACCGUACACACAGUACAUGUUUCGAGUGGUGGCUUCACACACACAUGGGCAAACUGUUGGCCCCUGGGCUACCCUGCAUACCGCAGAGGACAGUCCAGGACCAGUGGACUCUCCAGCAGUAUCAGGGCUCCGUCCACGAAGUGUAACAGUCACCUGGGCUCCUCCAUCACUACCAAAUGGAGUUAUAACUAAUUAUACACUUUAUCUUAGCCCAAACUCUGUCUCUGUGUACAACACCAGCACAGCCCUCUACUCCAGCUUAGCUUCUAACCAGGGUUUAUUGUCUAGCACUGAGCAGGCAUAUUUCAACUUGGGUCAAACCCUCAGACAGACAUCCAGUCUUACCACCCCAGUCUCAAGCCAUAUCUCCAUGUCUAAUGAAAGCAGAAGCAUUAAUGGUAGCUCCAACACCCUUCAUGACACUGGUCCCGGCUUCUUAGCUAACCCUUUUUCUAUCUUGAGCAAUAAUAUCACAGAAAACAACCAGAUUGAAUCCACAGGUGUAAGCAAUACAAGCCAAGGCCCUGAUUCUAUCUCAUUCCUCUCCACUGAGCCCAAUAUCACUGGUGUAAACAUAAGCCCCAGUCCUUUAAGGCCAGACACAGAAUACAGUGCAACCCAAACUAAAAAUGUCCCGAAACUGGACUCCACCGACAGCCCCAUCUCUGCUUUCUUUAUUGAAGACUCAGAUUCAGCUUUAUCAACCUUCUCAGUCUCUGUUCCUGGGAACACCACAAGCUACACUUUUCCCAACCUGCAGCCAUACCAGAGCUACAGUCUCAAGCUGGAGGUGUGCACUGUUGUGGGUUGUUCAGUGUCUGGAAUGUCUCAGAGCUUCCGUACCCUCCCAGCUCCACCUGAGGGGGUCCCUGCACCUCAUCUUUACUCUGACACCCCCACUUCUGUUCUCCUGUCAUGGGGUGCACCAGAGAGGAGCAAUGGACCACUAGAGCGAUGGUUGAUUGAGCGCAGAGUCACUGGGACCAAAGAAGUCUCCACAGUGGGCGAUCUCCCACCAGCUUCUCCACCUCUGUCUUUCCUGGACUCUUCUUCAGCUCUUAGUCCAUGGACUAGCUAUGAGUAUCGACUCGUGCUCCAUAAUCAGGCUGGCAGCACCACUGGACCCUGGGUCAAUAUCACCACCAGACCUUCAAGACCUGCUGGUCUCAGUCCACCGAUGGUUAAAGUUAUGGGCCCAAAGUCACUUCAGGUCACAUGGUCUCCUCCUCUCAUUCCCAAUGGAGAAAUCCAUGGCUACGAGAUCCGCCUGCCAGAACCUCGAAUCUUCCAUGAAAUUACUGAUUCUCCUGAGCUCAGCGUCACAGUAACAGACCUCAUUCCCUACACAAACUACAGCAUCACUGUGCUGGCCUGUUCCAAGGGUGGCGGUAAUGUUGGAGGAUGUACAGAAAGCUUACCCUCUCUAGCAACUACAUUACCCACAAGCCCUGAAGGCCUGAAACCUCUGUCUGUGGUCACAAUCAGUGAGUCUUUCCUGGCACUUUCCUGGCAACCACCGAGCAGGCCAAAUGGACCUAAUAUAAGAUACAAGUUGCUCAGACGUAAAACCCACCAGCCCCUGGCCAUUGCCACGGUCCCCACGGUAACAGCCAUGUCCCCUCCCCCUUCAGAAGAUCUCCAUCGCUGGCUCCAUGUUUACUCCGGCACCAAAUUGUUCUACCAAGAUAAAGGCCUAAGCAGAUUCACACGUUACCAGUACCAGUUAAUGGUCCUUAAUGACGUGGGCCACUCCUCAGGAGAGAUUGUUACCGCAGUGACUAUGGCAGGGAUUCCCCUCCACCCUCCGUCUCUGUCUGCCCAUGCCAUCAAUCACACAGCUGUAGAGGUCAACUGGACACAGCCCUCAUUGCAGACGCUACAGGGAGAGGUUGAAUCUUACUUUCUGGCCAUAGAGUCUGCCCAGUCAAGCCAAGUCAUGGUGUUGCCCCCUGAGAUCCUGUCCACAGUGAUAACUGACCUCUGGCCCAGUACCAUGUAUCUGAUGUCAUUGCAGGUGUUCAAUGGAGCGCAUAACACAACUAAAGCAACAGUCAAUGUCACCACAGAGGAUGGAGAGCCAGACGGGAUGUUGGCCCCAGAAGUGGUUCCUGUUAACAGCAGCACAGUCCGAGUGCUGUGGUCCCCUCCUCUACAGCCGAAUGGAGCAGUCACUGGUUACUACAUCUACGUUAAUGGCCAUCUACAGGACAGUGUAGAUAACAGCUCAGGGUCUUACCUUCUGGGGGACCUGCUGCCUUUCACUGUCUACAACGUACAGGUGGAGGUGUGUACUGUAUAUGCAUGUGUACGGAGUAAUGUCACACAGACAACAACUGUGGAGGAUCUACCAGUCGACCUGGCUAUGCCUAAAGCACAAGUGUUCAGUCCUCGGGCGGUGAGGUUGGAUUGGUCUCGUCCGGGCAGACCCAAUGGGAUCAUGCUGGGCUAUGAGGUCUUAAGACGGACUUUGAGGUCAUGCGCUGUCAUGUCCUCUGCUGGUGAAGAGUCAGGAGGUGCAGGUGGUGUAAGGUUCAGAUGUUCCUACCUGCAGUGUCCUGCCACCUAUGGUGUAUGUGGGACAUCCUGCUUCCACCCUGAGAGCCAGGUCUGCUGCAAUGGAAAUCUGUACAACAAGUUACCCCAUCAUCACUGCUGUGAAGGCCGUUACCUGAGUUUGAGUAAUUCCUCUAAUCCAGUAUGUUGUGAUGGCAAACUGGUCCCAGCCCUCUCUGACCAUCAGUGCUGUGGAGGAUACUACAUCCAUGUAGAAACUAAUGAAAACUGCUGUCCUGACCACUCACAGGGCCGGGUCUCAGUGGGGCCCGGUGACAGCUGCUGUGGGGGGGUUCCUUACUCCAUGAGGGGUGGCCAGCUCUGCUGCGGUGGGAGCCUUCAUGACGGCUACAAGGUCCAAUGCUGUGGAGGCCGGAUUGUAGAUGAGACACAGGUGUGUUGCGGUGAUGCCGGGAAGGGGGAAGUGCAUUCAUAUCGCCCAGGUUUCAUCUGUUGCGGUCAACACUACAUCAACUCUUCAACCUCUCUUUGCUGUGUCGGCAAUGAUGAACAUCCUAAAAUUCAUCCUGCAGGCAAUGCCACAGUGAUGUUGCAAUGUUGCGGGUCAAAAGUCAUACAUCAAGAAGAACAAUGCUGCAAUGGGAUUGGCUAUGACCCUCAAAGACAUGUGUGUGCAGACCGACCUACACUUGGCCUGGAACUACAGCACCAGUGUUUACAGGGAGCCUUGUGUCCUGUAGCUGCUGCAUCAACAGCUUACUGUGGUUCCUGUGACCUCGAUCCAUCCAUGGUCGCCUGCACAUGGGUCCUUUCAGCAAGCACACCCCUCUCCACAACAAACUCACCUUCCAUUAACUCUUCAUAUGCAACAUCCACUGCAGGCCUGCCUAUGUACACAAACAGGAGUAAUAAUACUUAUAAAAUGGCAGAUGCUUUUACUCACUCACACACUGGGAAUCCACGGACAGAGGGAAACCUAUGUCCAUCAUAUGAGGAAGUUGUAUACAGCGGAGAUGCCAGCAAGUUCUCCCACACAGACUCAGACCUGGAGCCCUUCACCACCUAUGAGUACAGAGUGAGGGGCUGGAACAGGUUUGGACGAGGCUCCAGUGAUGUUACAACAGUGACCACCAGUGAAGACAAACCAUGGGGAGUGGCAUCGCCCCGCUGGAACCGCUUAGGUGAACGAGAUGACAUCAUACAGCUGCAAUGGCAAGCACCUGCCAGACCUAACGGAGAGAUCACCCACUAUGUUGUACUCCGAAAUGGACAAGAGCGUUACCGUGGUGAUGAAAACAGUUUCACUGAUGUGGGAGGGAUCAGGCCUUUCAAGGAGUACAGCUACCAGCUGAGGGUUUGCAACCGGGCUGCUUGCACUGACAGUCCACAGGUGGUGGCGGUGACGGUCCAGGGAGUCCCAGAGGGUGUGCUGCCUCCUGUGGUAACAGCUUUAAGCCCCUUCUCUCUCCAUGUGAGCUGGACUGAGCCCGCUCAUCCUGGUGGAAUCAUACAACACUACCACCUGAACCAGACUGGUGUUGGGAUCAUAUUUACGCACAACAAUGGGCCAAGAAACUAUACUGUAACUGGUUUGAAGCCGUACACAAACUACACUUUUGUGCUGGUGGCUUGUACAGCUGUCGGAUGUGGAGCCAGCAAACCUUCCACAGGACGCACCCUGCAAGCCUCUCCUGCUGGUGUUUGGUCAAGGCCCCGGCAUCUUAUCUUAAACACUUCUGUGGUGGAGCUGUACUGGGAUCAGCCAUCACAGCCUAAUGGACACAUUUCUCAGUACAGACUGAAUAGAGACGGUCAGACAAUUUUUACAGGAGACCACCGUGACCAGAAUUAUACCGACACUGGACUCCUGCCAAACCACAGGUAUUUGUAUGAGCUGGAGGCCAGUACAGGAGGAGGGACAGGUGUGAGUGGCAAAUACAUUAUACAAACACCAGUCUCAUGCCCCACUGGGAUCCAACCCCCUCACAGUGUAAACAUCUCAGGGCCCAACUCCAUCUCUCUGGCAUGGACACCACCAGCUCAGUUCAUCAGCAGCCAGCCAGUAAACUACAACAUCCUGUUAAAUCCAGGAAGUGACAGAGCUAUGAAGAAGCAUGUUGGACGACAUCUCCACCUAACUGUGACAGGUUUAGAACCAUUCACCUCCUACCACAUCAGAGUGCAGUCCUGUCAAAGUGAGGGUUGUGGUGUAGGGCCAGGUUUGUAUGUUCGGACUUUAGAGACUGCACCAGAAGAUCUGCCUCCCCCCAAAAUAAAGGCAGCUGGACCCAGUGUCUUGGAGAUCCAUUGGUCACCACCCAAAAAACCCAACGGACCCAUUACAUUGUAUCAUAUAUACAGGCGUCUGUUUGGAACAGAGGAAGAGCUACUGGUUUUCAUCUGGUCCAGUGGGCCCCUUGAAUUUGUUGAUGCAAGCCCUGCCCUACGACCAUUCAGCUACUUCCAAUACAGGCUCCGUGCUUACAACUCUAAAGGCUCUGUCCUCAGUCAGUGGGCUUUAGCUCAGACGUUGCAGGCAGAACCACAAGAUAUGGCCCCGCCGAAUGUAACAGCCACAGGUGCAUACUCUGCCCAUUUGAAAUGGAGAGAACCAGAACAGCCCAAUGGUCUCAUCUCCCUCUACAGACUGGUUUACAAGAAGCAGCAACAGGAUCCAACACUCAACUCUAGUGCUGUGAUAGUGCUCACUGUGGAGGGCUCAGUCCUUGAGGCAACAAUCUAUGGUCUUGAACCUUACAGCCAGUAUAGUCUACGAGUGGAAGCUGUGAACGAGGCAGGUGGUGUGUCCAGUCCGUGGGUUGGCAUUAGGACCCUGGAGGCUUCUCCAGCUGGCCUGGCUAACUUCACAGUGGAGCAGAGAGAGCAGGGCAGGGCGUUACUCCUGAGCUGGGAUCAGCCGGUAGCCCCAAAUGGAAUCAUCACGAUGUACAAUCUGUACAGUGAGAGUAACCUGGAAUUCAGCGGACUAUCACGCAACUUCCUUUUUCGCCGUUUGGAGCCCUGGACCAUGUACACUCUGACUAUUGAAGCUUGUACUUCAGCAGGCUGCACUCGCACCACACCUCAGCAUGUCACCACAGCAGCUGCUCCGCCUGCCUCCCAGCCCCCUCCCAGGCCUCAGUUCAUUGGCCCAGAAAGUGUGUCACUUAGCUGGGAUCCCCCAUCCCAGCCUAACGGACCCAUCACAGAGUAUUUUUUACUUGGAAGAAGUCUGGAGGAAGUAGGGGGGAAAAGAAGUAAUGAAGAGGAGCUUGGAAGAGAAAAGGUGCUGUUCAGAGAAUCAGCCCCGCAACGUGACGGCACUUUCUCACACACAGUGACUGCUUUGCGUCCCUGGACGCAGUAUGAAUUUAGUGUCCGUGCUCACAAUCCUGCUGGACACACUAACAGUCACUGGGUAACCAUGAGAACUAUACAGGCUCCUCCUCGUGGUUUAGCUCCCCCAACAGUGAGUCAUCUCCAAGGCAGGCCCAGUGAGCUGCUGGUGUCCUGGACUCCUCCUCUGGAACCGAACGGGAUCCUUCAGUCAUACAGAAUUCAGAGAAACAAUGUCAGCUUCUCAUUUAGUUUUGACCCCACUGUCCUCAGUUACACAGAUGAAGACCUCCGCCCAUUUUCAACAUACAGCUACUCAAUCACAUCCUGCACAUCUGAAGGAUGCAUCACCAGCCCUAACACAAACAUCACAACUCUGGAGGCUCCGCCUGCCACUGUGGAUGCUCCCACAGUGGACUCCAUUGCAUUCAACAGUAUGAAUAUUUCCUGGAGUAAACCUCUUACACAGAAUGGAGAAGUGACUGAAUAUGUGCUGAAAAUGAACAAUGAAGAAGUUUAUCGUGGACAAGACAGAAAUACAGUGAUAUCAGGCCUGCAGCCGUAUGCAUCAUAUCAGCUGGUACUUUUAGCUUGUACCAGAGGUGGAUGUACCACCAGUGCUACAAUGUCAGCUGUAACUGAGGAGGCUCCACCCACUGGCCUCACUGCCCCGACUCUUAAGGUCACAGGUCCAGAGUCUGUUGAAGUUAGCUGGAGAUCACCAGAGAACCCAAAUGGCAUCAUCACAGGGUAUGAACUCCGCAGAGAUGGUGAAGUUAUCUACAUCGGCACAGAGACCCAUUACCACGACUUUACGCUUUUGCCAAGUGUUGAAUACAGCUAUGUUGUCCGGGCCAACAACAGUAAAGGUGCAACAAGCAGCGCAGCAGCUACGGCAAAGACUCACCCGUCAGCUCCUUCUGGUGUCGGCCUUCCAACACUGACUCCUCUGGGACCUAACCAAGUGAGAGUAGAGUGGAGUCCCCCAGCCCGUCCUAAUGGAGACAUUGUGAGUUACACUGUUCAUCACAGAGACCCGGUCCAGCUCAGAAUCACCAGCACUGUGUUCACUCUAGAGGAUAGGGGUUUCUCUGAAAGACACACAACUCUGCAUGACCUCUCUGCCUACCACAGGUAUGAAGUGAGGUUGGAGGCUUGCACAGCGCUCGGCUGCUCCUCCAGUGACUGGUCAUCUGUUCUCACGCUUGAGGCUCCCCCUGCUGGGCAAACAGCGCCACUUUUAGACCUGCGUCCUGAUGCUCACACUGGUCUUCAGACCACCUUUCUGCUCACCUGGUCUCCUCCUGUCCAGCCAAAUGGAAGAGUUCUUUAUUAUGAGGUGUACCGCAGGCUGGACCAAACCAGUGACACACACAGACGGGACGCAGCAACACUUAUCUACAGGAAUAUCUCCACUACAUACAAAGAUGAAGCUCUACAGCCGUAUACUGUUUACCAGUACCAGGUGUGUGCAGUGAACUCAGCUGGUGGCUCUGCCAGUUCAUGGGCCAAUGGGAGAACAGGGCCUGCCCCACCUGAGGGUGUAGGCCCGCCUACUUUUCUUCGUGUUUCAGCAACCUCAGCAGUAGUUAACAUCCCUCCUCCAGCCCGACCUAAUGGGAUUGUGAGCCUCUACAGAGUGUUCUCUCUGAACCGCCACAACAACACUCUGCUCUCAGAGGGAACAUCCCAUCAGCAGACCCUCCAUGGUUUACAGCCUUACACCCAGUAUUGGGUAGGAGUGGAGGCCUGCACCUGUUAUCAGUGCUGUAGCCAGGGUCCACUGACUGAGCUACGCACCCUAGCAGCUCCCCCAGCCCAGCAGCCCCCUCCUCGGCCCGUCACUCUGACCUCCCGUUCUAUUCAGCUGGAGUGGGACGAGCCGCUCGCGCCCAAUGGAGUUAUAGAGAGCUGUGAGCUACACCUCAGAUUUUCUUGCCCGCAGCCUCAGCAGCCUGUGCUUCUCACUUGUGAUGAAGGACCAGUGGAAAUCUGUUUUUUUGGCCGAAGAAGGAGCUACAAUGUGACAGAUCUUCAACCAUACUCGAACUAUCAGCUGAGAGCUGCCUGCUUCAACAACAUGGGCAGCACUGCCUCCAACUGGACAACAGUUACCACCCUGAGUGAAGCCCCCCAGUACAUGUCUCCAUUCACAGUGGACAGUAACCUGACCGUCAUCUGGCUGGACUGGAGCGACUCCUUCUCCCUGAACGGGUACCUGAAGGAGUACAGUGUGACGGAGAGUCGGCUGAGGGUCUACACUGGCUUCUAUAGCUACCUUUAUAUACAACGCACAUCUCAGAAAACUUUGUCUUUCCAGGUGACUUGCACCACAAACAGUGGAAGUGCUAGUACUCCCACCAUCAGAUACAGCCCUGCCACAGGCCUAGGUCCAGUUGAGGCCGAAGAAGGUGAUAAACAUGGUGUCAGCAUGACAGCAACACCAGUUUACUCAGAGCUAUGGUUCAUCUUGUUGUUAGCUCUGCUGGGUCUGUUUCUGCUCGCCAUACUGCUGGGACUCAUUCUACAGAGAGCCCUUAGAAAGAAUCCAUCAGCCAGAGAGCGCCCUCCGCUGGUCAUGCUUCAGAAGAGCAGGAAAUCAGGGGGAGAGACGUACAUGAGGUCCUGUCCUGAGUUGUGCUCUAAACAUCUCCACAGCUCUGUGCUCCUCCCUGAUCGUCCCACAGGUCUGACGGACACAAAGAUAAUCGGCAGCAGCUCACGUUUCAGCCCCAUGUCAGUCCUUAGGGUCCCCAGUGACACCGACCUCAGCCAGGGCUUCUCCCAGCAGUCCUUGCACCGCAGCGUUAGUCAGCUGAUCGACGGGAAGUCUAUGAUGCUAGAAGAAGGAGGCUGGGAUAAUCCACUGGGGCAAGAUUCAGGACUGUACGUGGAGGAGGAAGAGUUUGUGGAUGCCAUUAAAGCCUUCAGUUCUGGGAAAAAGGAACACACCUUGUUCACAGACACACAUCUUUAAGACAAAAUCUCUUCAUCUAAUCAAAAGUAAUUAUGUCAUUUAUAUCACCUGAAAUAACUUUGCCUUGAUGCAUUCUUGCUAAAUACUGUGAUCAUUUUCAUACACUGUGAAAUAUUGAUCAAAACUGGUGACAAGUACCAGUAACAAAAAUAUGAAGGAGCAUCACUUACCAAAUAAUAAUGGGAUGAAGACUCAGAGAAGCCAGAAUUGAGUUGGAAGGCAUAGAAAUGAAGUCAUU